AUGUACAUAAGACCAGUAUUAUUAGUCCUGUUGACCUGUGCCGUUAUAAGUUUUUGUAGGGCAGAUAACUUAACAGUGGGGAGCAACAUAAAUGGUCAACUGGUUCAUAUGGAAAAGGUAUCUUUGUCCGCUAUUCCUUUUAAAGUGAGGACCAAAACUGUGUCGUAUAAUGGACAACAAUUAAUUAAGGGAAUAUCAGCCAUAGACCUUAAAAAGUCAAAGACUAAGGUGAGCAUCAUGGCUGGAGGCAUUAACUUUACAUACGUCACUCUGCGCUUGAAGAGUGAAAGAGGAGAUGGACUCGACUAUCAGAUACAGAUAUAUGUUUAG